AUGUUAGUCACACAUACCUUCAAAGUCGUAGACGGCCUUUCACUGGAGAUCGAUGUCGUCUCCCCUCCAACAAAAGACGAAAACACCCCCGUGAUCCUCCACUUCCACGGCGGCUUCCUAUUCCUAGGCGAGAAAACAUCCUUCACACCACACUGGCUAAUAAACGCCUGCCAAAAACGAGGCUGGAUAUACGCAACAGCCUCCUACCGCUUACUCCCGGAAACACCAGGGUUAGAAAUUCUGCAAGAUGCAAUUGAUGCCGUAAGCUGGGUAUAUGAGAAUCUCAGCAAGCGGGUUGUCAUCGCCGGGUCUAGUGCUGGGGGGUAUCUAGCCCUCGCUGCUGGCGCACACCCUGCUACACCGAGACCGCUCGCUGUGCUAUCCAUUUACGGGAUGAUGGAUUGUGCUGGUGAGCGGUAUAUUCAUCCUGGACAGCCUCUUGGCGCUACUAUUGAGAAUGAAGCAGAGGUGUUGAAGGAGGUUGAUGAUGCGAUGCGGGCUGAUGCUAUUGAUGCAUACGCGUUUCCGAUGGAUCCACCUGCUGAUAGCCGGUUUAGGUGGAUUAUGGCUUUGCAUCAGGCGGCGCAGUUUCCCGAUGUUCUUACUAGGAAGCCUGGGUUGGGGGCGAGGAUUGUGGGUGAGGGGCUUGGGGCUAUUGUGGAGGAGGAUCGGGUGCUUUUCCCUGUUAGGUUUGGGUUGAAGGAGGGGUUCCCGGCUACGGUUCUUUUGCAUGGAGAUGCGGAUGAUGUGGUUAGGUUUGAGCAGAGUGUUGCUGUGGUUGAAGGGUUGAAGGCGGUUGGGGUGGAUGUUUCGCUUGAGCGUGCGGAGGGACAGGGACAUGGGUUUGAGGUACAGGAUGUUAUUGAUUUGGAUGGAGAUGAGACGGCGGAUAAGGCUGUGAUUGAACCGCUUAGACGGGUUAUUGCGCAUCUUGAAAGACAUUUUCAAUGA